AUGGUGACAGCUACAGACGAGACGAACAAUGUACCACGUACCAAGUUCUUUUUACGUGGUAAAAAUGCCAUUGAGGCAUUUUGGGGACCGCCUUCUUUUAGUAAAAACGACCUUAAAAUUGAACGCGAUGAAGACUUUAAAGCUUCGGGCUCGGCCGAUCUCUUGGAGUUUACGGACGAUGGCAAGUUUUUGGUGCUCGUACGCACUUGUUCAGGCUUCACAGUGGUCAAUUCCGAUAGCAAUGAUGUCGUGGUGGACGUAGCGAAUCCUGGUAUUCAUGCAGUGGCCUGGUCUCCACUUGGUUCGCACUUGUUGACGUGGCAGCGACCUCAGAAAGACUCGGAUCUUGGUAACCUUAUCGUUUGGGACGCUGCUACGGGCAAAGUGGUCGCACGUUUCAAUCAGAAGUCCUAUUCACGUGAUAAAUGGCCACCGCUGCGGUGGUCGUCGGAUGAGAUGAUCUGCGUACGUCAGAGCGCGAACGGUGUGGUACUCUACAGUGGUCGAGACGUUGCAGCGGGCUCGAUCGGCCAGAUUAGCCUACCGAAUGUGGCAAACUUUAGUGUGGCUCCUGGCAGUGUUCCAUACAAGGUGGCUUUAUUUGUUCCAGAGAAGAAGGGUAAGCCUGCCAGCGUCAAGAUUUUUCAGUUUCCGAACAACCUGGAUGUGCCUACGGCGACAAAGAGCUUCUACAAGGCACAGGACGUGACGCUGAAGUGGUCUCCGACGGGCAGUGCGCUAAUUGUUGAAACUCGAACGGAUAUUGAUACGUCAGGCAAGUCAUACUACGGCGAAACAGGCCUCUUCUUCCUGCAGAGCGAUGGCGAAUAUGAUUGCAUCGUGCCACUCACGAAGGAAGGCGCGGUGCACGAUGUGGCGUGGGACCCCACCGGGCGCGGUUUCGUGGUAAUCGCCGGCACAAUGCCUGCGCACGCCACCCUUUACGACAACAAGGCGCUGCCGGUAUUUGAAUUCGGCGCAGCGCCUCGAAAUCACGUCAGCUGGAGCCCGCAUGGACGCUUCUUGUGUCUUGCUGGAUUUGGCAACCUUCGCGGUGACAUGGACUUUUGGGAGCGCAACAAGCUGAAAAAGAUGGGCUCGGCAACGUCCAACUCUGCCACUACGUUCACGUGGUCGCCUGAUAGCCGCUACUUUGCGACAGCGACUACGUUCCCACGUUUGCGUGUGGACAACGGGUUUAAGAUCUUUCGUUAUGAUGGCGCUGGUCCCAUUUACCAGGAGGAGCGUGGCGAGCUGUAUGACCUAAAGUUCCGCCCAGCAGCUCAGGAUACGUACCCGAACCGGCCUCAGUCUCCGCGGCGAAAGGGCGAGGAGGCGGGCUUUGACUCGUCAUCUGCGGUACCGAAGGCUGCACCGAAGCCGCAGGCUUACCGGCCGCCGAACUCGACAGGGGCUCUCGCCGCUAUGAUGCGCAAGGAAGAGGGCGGCUCUAAGAAGCUGGACCGCAACAAGUAUGCAGCUCCUCGCGGCGGCGGUCCAAUGACUCCGGGUGCUUUACCUCGUGUCAUUCCGGGCAUGGGAGUGGCUGCGGUACCUAAGAAGCUUAGCAAGAGCGCCCGUAAGAAGAAGGCGCAGGAGGCUGCUGAAGCCAAGGCAGCUGUGGACGAGGCUCUCGCGAAGAUCGCUGUUGUCACUCCUGAGGCUUCGGCAAAAUCGAGCCCAGUUGAAUUGACGCAUGAGGAGAAGGCCAAGAAGGUGAAGGGCUUGCUGAAAAAGCUCAAACAAAUUGACAUGAUCAAGGCUAAGAAGGAGGCUGGUGACUCGCUCAACGAAGAUCAGCAGCAGAAGCUCCAGACGGAGCAGGCUCUACGAGCCGAAGUGGCCGAACUCUCAGCGUAA